CGCUGCCCUCCGGCGGAGCGGGCCGGCAGCGGGAGCGGGGCCGGCGGCGGCAGGUGGGUGCGGCGGCGCCCUCCACGGCCGGGGCACGGCGGCGGAGCCGGGAGGGUGGGGGCACGGCUCUGUGCGGCGGCCCUACAAGGCCCGGCGGUCAGCGCAGAUUAAGCAACAAUGGCAUUUGUGAAGAGCGGAUGGCUGCUCCGGCAAAGUACUAUUUUACGGCGUUGGAAGAAGAACUGGUUUGACCUGUGGUCUGAUGGCCGCUUAAUAUUCUAUGAUGAUCAAAAUCGCCAUGAUAUAGAAGAUAAAAUCCACAUGCGAAUCCAUUGCAUCAACCUCAGAGUGGGGAAUGAAUGUCGAGAUUUUCAGCCUCCAGAGGGGAAGCAGAGAGACUGUCUACUGCAGAUUGUUUGCCGUGAUGGGAAGACAGUCAACCUCUGUGCAGAGAGUGCAGAUGACUGCCUGGCAUGGAAAAUUGCUCUCCAGGAUGCCAGAACAAACACAGGCUACGUGGGAUCUGAUGUGAUGUAUGAUGAGACAGCCAUUUCCUCAGCACCACCACCAUAUACAGCUUAUGCCACACCAUCACCUGAGGUUUAUGGCUAUGGCUAUGAUCAGUACAAUGGUGCAUGUCCCCCUGCUAGGCCUCAAGUCUUCUACGCCUCCAAUGGACAAGCUUAUGCUGUUCCCUAUCAGUAUCCAUACCAAGGACCUUAUGGCCAGCCCCCUGCGAACCAUGUCAUCAUUCGAGAGCGUUACCGUGACAGCGAUGGAGAUCUUGCACUGGGCAUGCUUGCUGGAGCAGCAACUGGAAUGGCUCUGGGAUCGUUAUUCUGGGUCUUCUAGAUUACCCAUUCUUUGUCUUUGUAGUUCCAAAAACCUUUAUUGUGUGCAAUAACAUAUUGGCAAUGUUGUUUACUGUUAAACUUUAAGAAAUGCAAUAGUUAUUUUUCAGUAGUGACAUCUUAAUAACUGAUUCUUAACUGUCCUAAGGAGAGUUUAAAGGCACUGUUUAGUUAAGUGGUUGGAGAUGGCAUGUGUUGCUCUUGAAUUCUGUUUUAAUGUUUGAAGUUACAAGGAUUUGUACUGAUAAGGAUCAGCAUGAGCACCAAUGUAACAUGGUAGCAGUCACUAGAUUUAUGAAUAGACUGUUACUGUAAGCACUAUAGAACAAAUGGAUUUUUUUGGGGGGUCUAAAAUCUGGUCCAAAUAGCAGAUUUACAGGAGCCUUGCAUUAGUAUAUGUGUAACACUGGCUUCUAAACAUUCCCUGGACAAACACAGAGCUCAGCAGAAACUCCUUGGCAAGCAGCCUGCCAUGCUUGAGGAUUUUUUUGUUUUCAAACUUGCCUGCAGAUGGUAGUAUAUUUUCUUAGAUGGAGUCCUAUACCUGUCUCUCACACCAUCCAGGGGAAGUUGUUCUUGAGAAUGUAUAAACAAACUGCUAGGAAGCAGCAGCACUCCUCAGUUUUUAUUCUCCCAGAAAUGUGAAUGACCAGUGGCAAGGAAGGCCAAUGUUUGUUGUUCCACCUCCCUCUUUAUCCUGAAUCACUCUUCUCCAGAUGGAAGUAAUGGAUUGUUAACUUUGCAAGUGGUCUUCCUUGUCUGUAGAACAGUUGCCUGAGACACUGUAACAACUGCAUUGCUGAGGAAAAGGCCAUUGCCUAGUGUCUCUGCUAAUUACUGCCAUCACUCUGCAGGAGAACUAACUUGGACAACCCUUGUGCUGUUGGGCAUACCGGGAUCCCUCUGCAGGCAGUAACAGUCAAGAGGGGGGAGACAAACAGCACAAGUAAACCUUGAAGAGGCACUUUGGCAUCAGCUUCCUUGCCAUGGCUGGGAUAGUGUCCGCCUCGUAGCCUCCAAGGUUUCCUGAACCAGGUUCAUUAUUGGCAAUUAGUUUUGAGCACAGCUGAACCUGGGUUUGGUCUAUGCACACUUCCCCCUCACAUUCAGCAGGUCUUUUCUCCCUCCAUGACUUGUUAAGGAAAACACUCCAAGGAGCCUGACUGACGUGCUCCUGUGGAGUGCUGUGCUAUAGGCUGUAACCUGGAGUGCAACUGUUAUGUGUGUUACGGGACCAGUUACUUUAUUCUGUUAUAACCAUUGCUGAGCUGUGGUUGGCAGGGUAAAGAGAGCUCUGAAAAAAUGCACAUGCUUUCUUAUUCAGGUAAAAUAGGCAGGGUGCCUAAGUUGAUUUCUUUUUAGUAAGAGGACUUAUUUUUUAUACUUCCACUUUUAGCUUCCUGUAUUCAUAGUGUUUUAAUAUGUUAAGUCUUUCUUAUAUUUUCAUUCAAAAGUAGGUUAAUUUCCUUAAGGUUCAUGGGGUUUCAGCAAUAGAGGUCUCGGACAAUAGUUUGGGCAGCAGCCAGGGGAAGCACUAAGCUUUCAUGACUCUUAGGACCAACUCCACAAACUGCAAUCAUUGUAAGUAAAGAGACAGAUGUAAUCCUGGCUGCAUUACUAAGAUUGGGCCUAAUACAGGGAAUGUAAACUUCAAGAAACUAUGGCUCAUUUCUGUACAUCAAUGUGCAUGGAUGUUCGUUCACAGAUUAAUACAAGCUGCAUAUGUUUUGCCAAUGGUAUGUACUGAAAGGACUUGUUGUAGAUUCAGAAGUGGACUAAAGCAAAAGUUUCCUAUUGCUAGUCUAAACCAAAAGGGAUUGGAGUACACUACUGAAGUUCUCUUAGAGGCCUGAUACCCUUGAGUUCAGAAAGAGAUGGUGAUUGUCUGGAACUUAAGUGAACAAACAUUUCUACCCUUUUUAAGCCUUGAGAUAACCUUGAAGCUGAUUACAAGUCUGUAGUCCUGUUUAGUUUGUCCUUUGCAAUACAAGUAGUUCUGCAGAAUGUCUCCAUCUCCUCUUCUUCCUGUAGGAUAUUAACUUAUCAGGGGUGGGAGAGAAUAAAACAAUUGAAUACCA